CCGCCCCGGCUCCGCCCCCGCGCGCGCCCCAGGCGCUGCAGCGAUGGCCCCGGCGCGCCCCGGGCGCUGCACCUGCCCGGGGGUGUUGUCAGUGCCCGUUGGUGCCUCCCCUCCCUGUCCCGGGAACAAGGAAGCGGCUCCAAGCACCUUUAGCCAUCACUCGGCAGCGUAGUUCCCUGCUGGCACCUUCCCCGCGCCCUGUGUGCUCAGGUCCCCCGCCUGGCGAGGCGCUGGGAUGCCGGCUCUGGACAUGGCUCGGGGUACGGGAGGGCUGCCCCUGCUGCUGCUGAGCCUUGCCGUGCUGGAUCUCCCGCUGGAGACCAUGGCACUGCUGCCCAACACCACCAGCUCAAGCACUGCAGCCACCUUCCCUUCCUCUCGUCCUGCAACCUCCACGAAAGAGAUGCCAAUGGAUGCCUUCACACCCAAUGCUUCCACAGCUCAGCGGAGCAGCCUGGCAGCCUCCAACGUCACCAUGCCACAGGCAAAGGGCAGCACAGCUCACAGCACUCUUGUGCUGCCUGGGCUGCGACCCACCACCACCAGCACCACCCCAGCACGAUUGGGACCCACCACCAGCACCACCCUACACGAUUGGGACCCACCACCAGCACCACCCUAG